UACUGGCUGUUUGAACCACUGCACUGCAGACACUUCCUGUCUGGACGACCCCACCCUGCGCUCCGACAUCAUGGGCCUUCCCUCCACAAAGGUCCCCUGGGCCGCCGUGACGUUACUGUUGCUGCUACUGCUACCGCCGGCGCUGCUGUCGCCUGGGGUCGCCGCACAGCCCCUGCCCGACUGCUGCCGCCAGAAGACGUGCUCCUGCCGCCUCUACGAACUGCUGCACGGCUCGGGCAAUCACGCCGCGGGCAUCCUCACCCUGGGCAAGCGGCGGCCAGGGUCCCCGGGCCUCCUCCAGGGCCGCCUGCAGCGCCUCCUACAGGCCAGCGGCAACCACGCGGCCGGCAUCCUGACCAUGGGCCGCCGCGCAGGCGCAGAACCCGAGCCGCCGCAUCCCUGCCCAGGUCGCCGUUGUCUUACCUUAGCGCCUGGGGGACCGUCCGGAGUCUGA